GGAAUUGGAGAAGGUCAGUCUACGUCUAGGCCACCACUCUUUGAUGGCACCAACUAUUCCUAUUGGAAGGAACGAAUGAGAAUCUACAUCCGUUCCACCAACUUCCAAUUAUGGUUGGUCAUCAAAAAUGGAGAACAAAUUCCAAUGAAGAAAGUAGGAGAAACCACGGUCCCAAAGACCGAGGACGAAUUUGAUGCCGAGGACAUCAAAAAGGUGGAGAACUACGCCAAGGCUAUCAAUAUGCUGUACUGUGCCGUCAAUCCUGAUGAUUAUCGCAAGAUUUCUUGCUGCACCACUGCAAAAGAAAUGUGGGACAAACUGGAGGUCACAUAUGAAGGUACGGACCAAGUUCGGGAAGCCAAAAUUGACUUCCUAACGCAGGAGUACGAGAUGUUCAGGAUGAAGGAAGGCGAAAAGAUCGAUGACAUGUUCGAUCGGUUCUCAAAAAUCAUCAACGACCUUCAUACACUCAAGAAGACUUACACCAACAAGGAUCUUAAGAAGGGUAUAGCGUUGAAAGCAACCAAGGAGUCCGUGGAAGAUGACUCAAGCGAUGAUGACAACGAGUUCGGACUCGUUAUCAAGAAGUUCCACAAAUUCAUGAAGAAAGAAUUUGAAAGAAAAGGAAGAAAGCACGACGGGCCCUCGAAGUGCUAUGGUUGUGGUGAGAUAGGCCACAUCAAGCCGAGGUGUCCAAAAAGCAAAGGCGGCAAGGACAAAACUGGCUUCAAAAAGCAACGCGCCUACAUCUCUUGGGGAGGCGACUCCGGGGAUGAGUCAACGGAUCAAGAAGAGGAGGAAGCCGCCAACCUCUGCCUCAUGGCGCACGAAGAUCAAACUGACGACGUUCAAGAGGCAUAGGCAUUGGGCACAAAAUGAAUCACACUACUUUGCACCUAACACUCAAGGACCCAAAAAGACUUGGGUACCUAAAUCUUAUUAAAUCAUCUUUGUAGGU